UGAAAUGUAUGCACCCCCAGCUGCUCACUGCCGUGAUGUGAUGCCCGUUCGUUCUCGCGACCGCUUCCAACGUUCACUGUUCCUACCCCCCCUCUCUCCACUGUCACCUGUGAUCCCGCUCGUGCACUCACGCCAUGCCACGCUCGCACGCAUACACGCCGCAGUGUUCAUGUCGACAAUCUACAAUCUCCGCUUUGAGCUGCUGACCCUGAUCCUGUACAACAUUUUGGUGUACUUUCUCCUGAAGUACGACAUCAUCUCUACCAAACCGGAGGGCGACUUUCUUUCCAUGCUUGGCGUCUCCCUCACCUUCUUCCAGACCUUUGGCAACAACCAGGCGUACUCGCGCUGGUGGGAGGCCCGCAUGCUGUGGGGUGGCAUUGUGAACCUGUCACGUACCGUGCCCACCUACCUCGAAGGCGUGGAGGACCCCGGCAAGAAGCUCACGCGCGAGCAGAAGCUCGACAUUGUGCAGCGCCACAUUGCGUACAUCCGCCUUGUUGUGCACCAGCUCCGCCGCGAGCAAGUCCCCGGCACCGCGGGCCGCUAUCUCCAGAACGACGAGAUGCAGCUGAUGCACCUGCCAAACCCGGCCGUCGGCCUCCUGAGCGUGCAGUCCCGCGCCAUCAACAAGCUCUACCGGGAUGGGCUCAUUGACUCGUACGCGCGCAUCCACCUCCUCCGCCUCACGGGCACGUGCUUGGAUCUGCAGGGCGCGUGCGAGCGCAUCAAGACGACGCCCUUCCCGCCAACGUAUUUCCUCUUCCUGCGCUUUGUGCUGGCGUGCUUCCUGCUCAUCCUCCCCUUCCAGAUGUUCAACUCGUACGGAUACCCCGGCGCGGUGGCCAGCAUCCUCAUUGGCACGGCCUAUCUCGCCAUGGAACGCUUUGGCAGCGACCUCGCCGAUCCCUUUGAGGGCCGGCAGAACGACUGCGCCAUGCUUGCCAUCUGCGACACAAUCCAGAAGGAUUUGCUCGGCCCCGAUAUUCCGCUCGAGAAGCACCGCCUCUCCUCCGCCAUCUGCAUCAUGUGA